GCCAGGCGAGCUUACUUCGAUGGGGUAAGAACUAAUUGAUAUUGAGUUAUUGAGCUCCGAGGAACUUUCGUUGCCUCUUAUCUUAGUCCAUGCGAUCGAAUACGGUCCUUGCAAUAGAGUCAAUAGUAGCUCCUUUCCAGUUGUCCCUUUCCCUUAAGCAAGCAGAAAGAAUUAUCACAUUGGAGAAAAAGGGUAAGCCUGUUCUGCCCUUACAGUUCCAGGAAAAUCCUAAAAGGCAGUCUCAACGGCGUAUGUCUAAGGUUUCCUUGGAUGGUGAGGUCACUGUCACUCCCAUUCAUUUCAGAGCGGGGCUUUUUGAGUUUCACCCUUUCCGUAUGCUUAAAACAAGUGGAUGGAGGGGAUUAGAAAAGCAAAAAAACAGUCUCCCCAAGAGAAGGCUAAGGGGAGUGAGUCAAAGCAGUAGGACGUUCUCGGUUCAGUGUGCCAAGCCGCUUUCAAGCAUUCCAGCGAGCCUCUGUCCUUUUUUUCUUUUAGCUAUCUCAACUCUUCGACUUCGAAAAACGAGGAUUCUUUCUUCAGUGGAAGAGAAAGAAAACCCUCAAUUACAUCGACCCUUGCGUAGGAAAGAUGGGGACCGGUGCGCGGACGACCCGGAGAUAGAGCUCGGAAUCCGUAGAGCAGCAGAAGACCAACCCGCCAAAGACUCUCA